AUGGACUCGUCGAACUUUUCACCACCUGGUCGUCAGUUAACUCCACCCUUCUAUCAGAUCCCGGCAUCCUGUUCGACUGUAGACGUCCGGGUGAUAGAUACUAAUACACGCCUCUACCUGAAGCCCGGGGCCUUCUACGAGCCAGCCAUCCCUAGUGAGGGACCGCGCGUGCCCUCCUACUGCUUCCUCCUCUCGCACGGCGAUCGCCACCUUGUUUUUGACCUGGGUGUGCGAAUCGACUGGCAGAAUUAUGCGCCCCAGAUUGUGCAGCUCCUCACAGCCACCACGGAGAUUACCUCAUGCGACAGGGACGUCGCAUCAGUGCUCGACAGCGACACCAGUGGGUUGAACAUUCGCAGUUCUGACAUUGAGGCCAUCGUGUGGUCUCACAACCAUUUCGACCACACCGGCGACCCGUCCCGCUUCCCGACCAGUACCCAGCUCAUUGUCGGUCCGGGCGUCAAGAAACGCUCCUGGCCCGGCUACCCAUCCCGUCCCGAUGGCACUGUCCUGGACAGUGACGCCGUGGGUCGCGAGAUCCGUGAAAUAAACUUUGACAACACUGGCCUCCGGAUCGGCCGCUUCGCCGCUUUUGACUAUUUUGGUGAUGGCUCCUUCUACCUUCUAGACGCUCCAGGACAUACUGCGGGACAUAUGUGUGCCCUUGCCCGCACGACAGCCUAUCCGCCCUCGUUUGUCUUCAUGGGCGCUGACGCCUGCCAUCACCCUGGCGUGUUGCGGCCGUCGCAGUAUCUUCCUCUUCCCCGGCCACUACCCGGGGGAGAUCCAGUGGGUUGCGGCGGAUGUCCAGGAGAUCUGCUGAUGCAGUUGGCCUCUUGGAAGAGCCCCAAUGAGCCCUUCUACCACCUGGCCCGUGGGCAGUUCUUCCCUGAUUAUGCUGAAGCUAUCGAUACAGUGGCUAAAAUCCAAGAAUUGGAUGCUGCAGGUAACGUGCUAGUUCUUCUGGCUCAUGACAACUCGCUAGAAGAACACCUGCCGUUGUUUCCACAGUUAGUGAAUGACUGGUGGGCGCAAGGGCUGCGGGACACCACGAUUUGGUCAUUCUGCAAGGAAAUAGGGCAUGAUAAGUGGGUUUAA